AAUUUUUAAAGCAUUUCCUUUAAUUUAUGCUCUUCUAUUCUGUGGUUGAGAAAAUUGAGAGUUGGAGUCAGUGUUCAUGGAACUGAGGGAUGCAUGGGCUUGCUUCUUUCUUUUUUAUAGCUUCUGGUUUGUCACUUUCUGUGAACAAGCUGGUUUCUUGAGUCUUUCUUGUGGUGGAAGAAAAAGUUUCAUUGAUUCAAAUAACAUUUCAUGGGUUCCAGACACAAAUUACAUAACCACAGGCAAGACUACAAACAUUACUUACACUGAUGGUUCAGUCUCAACAAAUGUCUCGGCACGAUUCUUCUCGAAUUCAAGACGGCGAAAAUGUUACAGAAUACCAAUGAACAAUGCAACUAAUUUGGUUCUUGUUAGAGCAAAUUUCGUGUACAAGAAUUAUGAUGGACUUGCAGUGCCUCCUACAUUCUCUGUUUCUCUUGGGACUUCAAUUGCUGCCACUGUUAAUCUUUCUGAGCAUGAUCCAUGGACUGAAGAGUUCUUAUGGAUGGUUAAUAAGGACACUCUGCCACUCUGUUUGAUUGCGGUUUCAGAUGGUGGUUCGCCGGUAAUUUCUUCGCUUGAAAUCCGGCCGCUUCCACGAGCCGCCUACAUGAAUGCUAUGGCUGACUUUCCAAAUAAGUUGCUAAGGAAGAGCUACCGGAUCGAUUGCGGCUACACCGGCGAUUCUAUCCGGUAUCCUUUGGAUCCAUUUGACAGAAUAUGGGAUUCUGAUACAAGAUUCACACCCUUUCAUGCUACAACUGGAUUCAGCAUUCAACUUGGAUUCAAUCCAAGUAAUGUUAUGGAACAACCACCAGUAACUGUUCUUCAAACCGGCCGAGUUUUGGCGCGAAGGAACACGCUGACGUAUAACCUGCCUCUGGACGAAGAAUUGGGAGACUACUACAUCAUCCUUUACUUUGCUGGAAUUCUUCCUCUGUUUCCAUCAUUUGAUGUAUUCAUAAAUGGAGAUCUUGUAAAACCAAACUAUACAAUCAUGAGAUCAGAGAUCAGUGCUUUAUAUUUUACGCGAAAGGGGAUCACAAGAUUGAGUAUUACACUCAAGAACAACACCUUUUACCCUCUCAUCAAUGCAUUUGAAGUUUACAAGAUGCUUCAUAUUCCAUCUGAAGCCUCCUCAACCACAGUUUCAGCAAUGCAGGUUAUUCAGCAGUCCACUGGAUUGGAUCUUGGAUGGCAAGAUGAUCCAUGCUCUCCCUCUCCUUGGGAAAACGUUAAUUGCCAAGGAAACCUUGUUACAUCAUUGGAUCUUUCAAACAUAAAUUUGAGAUCAAUUGGUCCUACAUUUGGUGACUUGUUAGACCUUAAAACAUUGGAUUUGCACAACUCAUCUCUUUCUGGUGAAAUACAAAAUUUGGGUAGCUUGCAACGUCUUCAGAUACUGAACUUGAGUUUCAAUCAACUAACAUCCUUUGGUGCAGAGCUGGAGAAUUUAAUUAACCUUAGAGUACUAGACUUGCAGAACAAUAGUCUAAAAGGAACAGUGCCGGAAAGCUUGGGAGAGUUGGAGGAUCUCCACUUAUUGAAUUUAGAAAAUAAUAGACUAGAAGGUCCAUUACCACAGACAUUGAACAAGCCUACUUUAGAGAUCAGAGCAUCAGGGAACUUGUGCCUAACAUUUUCCACAACCACAUGUGAUGAUGCUUCAUCCAAUUCUACAAAUGAGACACCUCAAGUCACUACAGUUCCUGAAAAUCAGCACAAUGUGCAUAAACAUCACCUAGCAAUCAUUCUAGGAGCAGUAGUUGGAGGAGUUACACUAGCCUUUCUAUUACUAAGCAUUUCACUUUUCUUAUAUAAGACUAAAAUGCAACAUGAAGUAGCCUCACACACAUCAAGGUCUGAUAGGGAUAUGAGGAACUGGGGUGCAGCAAGAGUGUUUUCCUACAAAGAGAUUAAAUUAGCAACAAGAAAUUUCAAAGAAAUUAUAGGAAGGGGAAGUUUUGGACCUGUUUACCUUGGAAAGCUUCCAGAUGGAAAAUUAGUAGCCGUCAAAGUUCGCUCUGACAAAUCCCAACUGGGGGCUGAUUCUUUUGUCAAUGAGGUUAAUAUUUUGUCAAGCAUACGGCAUCAGAAUCUUGUGUCGUUGGAAGGAUUUUGCAAUGAAUCAAAGCAUCAAAUAUUAGUUUAUGAGUACUUGCCUGGUGGAUCCCUUGUUGAUCACCUAUAUGGUACAAAGAGUAAAAAAACUUCUCUAAGCUGGGUUCGGAGGUUGAAAAUUGCUGUUGAUGCAGCAAAAGGAUUGGAUUAUUUGCACAACGGAAGCGAACCGCGAAUCAUUCACCGUGACAUAAAGUGCAGCAACAUCCUCUUGGACAUGGACAUGAAUGCCAAGGUCUGUGACUUAGGCCUUUCUAAGCAAGUCAUCCAUGCUGAUGCAACUCAUGUCACCACUCUUGUUAAAGGAACUGCUGGUUAUCUUGAUCCAGAGUACUAUUCCACUCAGCAGUUGACUGAGAGAAGUGAUGUAUACAGUUUUGGAGUGGUUCUUUUAGAACUUAUUUGUGGAAGAGAGCCAUUGAGUCACUCAGGGACCCCUGACUCAUUCAAUUUGGUCUUAUGGGCCAAGCCUUACUUACAGGCAGGUGCAUAUGAGAUUGUGGAUGAAGACAUAAGAGGAACUUUUGAUCCUUUAAGCAUGAAAAAAGCAUCUUUGAUUGCUGUAAAAUCAGUGGAGAGGGAUGCUUCACAGAGACCAUGCAUUGGACAAGUAUUAGCAGAAUUAAAGGAGGCCUAUACUAUUCAACUCAGAUUCCUUGAAGAAUCUUGUCAAAACAACAAUUGAUUUACACCUAAUGCAGAUAAAGAAAUAAUAGAAGAGAACUAAUAUAUAAUUUAAUUAUAUGAUUUGUACUUUUUUGUUGUUGUAAAUGUCACGUUAAAUGUUAUGAUCAGCAAAGCAAUUUAUU